UGUGAGCAUCCCGAACACUUGCAGCAAUGGCGUUUUCUCUUUGGCUUACAAUGGUUCUUCUGUUAGCAGCUAUUGCUGGGCUGGAAGGUAAGCUGGUGAGUGCGUUGUGGAUGAAUCUUGAACGUUAAAAAGAUGAUUUGAACCUAACACAUUUCUUUUAAUCUUUCACAACAGAAGUCGAUAUUAAGAGAGUUUGGUAGCUAGUUACCUUUAAGAAACUUUUACGAUUGUGCCCUGAGAAAAACUUUAGAUUAGGGUAGAAGACACACAUAGCCUGGGGUAGUAACUCCUGAAGCGAGAAAAUAAUAAUAAUAAUAAUAAUAAUAAUAAUAAUAAUAAUAAUAAUAAUAAUAAUAAUAAUAAUAAUAAUAAUGACCUUAUAGUCACCAAAGUUAAGCGCCACCUUCUUGGUCUCUCUGUGCGCAUGGGAGACCUUGGAUUUACAGAUCCUGUAGUGAUCUCAUCUUGUGAAUACGAGGCUUCGGUCAAAGUUUAUCGCGCAGAAUGCCUAUUGUUCUCGGGACAUUUACUUCCAGUUCAACAAAGUUCGUAGAUCUGUCAUAUUACGCGCAAUCAUGCAUAGACUCUAUGAAAGCGCUUCAACCAUUGGUUGCCAAGAAUGCACGACGAAGCUCAUCAAUAUGUUGUAGGUGGCAAACUAAACAAUGAAUGCAGCACGCUAUUGUUUUCUCCUUUUAGCUCUUUUGUUUCGCAAAAUCGCGAAUAUGCGCAUAUUUCACAGUGAACGUUCAAAUCAUGAGAAUACAUACACUUUGGUUUAUUUUGUUCAAAAGUUAAACCACAGAAAGGAAGGUGAAAUUUUCCACUUAUUCAACGCGCGUGCGAGAUCUCUAAUAUUAGAGCUCUUAUAUUCCUGCAAAUUUUGCUUUCAAUUUACCACAUUAUGUUACUAGCUAUAUGCACCACACCGGUAAAAAGGAGAGUAAAAAAGAAAAAAAAAGAAAAAUAAAUAAGGUCCCGAAAAAUUACUUUAAGGGGAUUUGAACCCGGACCCUCCAGAUACGUUAUAACUGAAAAUAAAUGUCUCUAUCCACUGGACCACCUCGGUAAGCGCUGACAAUUGAAGUUUAAAAGUGGUAUAAAUUCCUUCUCUAUGGUGAUUGGCAGUUUUCAAGGAUGAUUUGUUCAUUUUUGUUUUUGUUAUUGUUGUUAUUGUUGUUGUUUUAAUUUCCGUGUAGAAUUGAAAUAUUUAACUGAUCGAAGCCAGACGUAAAACUUACAAUAAACCCAUUAAUAUUCUUUCAGGCCUGGCCCAUGCCGGGGAACCUUUAAGAAAUUUAUGAACUUUCGAUCUCGCGGCUACCGUCUGAACAGUAUGACUGUACUAUUCUCUCCCUGCUCGUAAGAUGUCUUUUCAUCGGUCGGGGUAAACAUAAACACAACAUUGUUUAUCAUUAUUUCCAUUGUUUUAGGUUAGGGUAGCAAACCAUUUGGCUUUUAGCGUUAGAAGAACUGCUACAUGAAAAACAAUAUGGCCGCCAAAUACAUCCUUGAUCAUCCUUUUAGCUUUGAAAGUUCUCCUUUAUUAGCAAACGUUGAACAUUUAUUUCGGCAAACAAACGGUUAAGUUAAAAAAGGAUUUUACAAGAUUCUCAAAAGUAGGUCUCCUUUUCGAUUUUAAUUUGCAAUAUUGGUCGAUUUAGGCAACUUUUAAACUUCUGCCUCAGUUUUCGUCUCCAUCUGCUCUAAAAAUGGAAUAAUAAUUACUCAGGGGUAAUACAGUGUAAAGAUUUGUAGAGAAAAACAACAAAAACUUGAAGGUUUAUUAAGAAAAAUGUACUUUAAAACAAACUAAAAUAUUCAAAACGCUCUGAUCACGUGACUGAUGACGUCAUGACCCUAUUUUGGUAACGGAGAAAAAUGUCAGGUAGAACAUUACUUUCCUGAAAAUUUUCUCUGCCGUGUGAUGAAACGUCAACUCUCUACAGCCCUCGGCCUAGUUUCCCGACUUUUUCGCUCAUGAUCAUUGCCCCCUUAAUUUUUAAAUGCCGGACGUCAACUGGUUAUUUUUAAAUGCUGCACACUACCAAAACCUCAAAUAUACUAUUUUAUUUUAACCCAAUAAUGAAAUCUUGUCACUGCAACAACAACUCUUAAUUCAGCAAUGGUCACGUGUCUGAUGGCGUCAUCACCCUAGAUGAAACAUGAGAAGAUAUUUUAGGGCAAAUGUUAUCUUGUUGUGGUCUGACAAUCUUCUCCCUAUAAAAUUUUGAAAGUUAUAAAGCUUUCCAAAAAAAGUUGCCUCAAAGGAUUCUAGGAUGUUUUUUUUAUCUAUUUAUUUAUUUUUAUGUUAAUUAUAAUUGACUUUUAUAGUUAUUACAUCUUGCUAUGCUGACGCUUGGUUCUAACCCUUUAUUCCCCGCAUUAAGGAGGUAUUCUGUGGACGAACUUAUUGCUAUUUAUUAUUAUUUUCUUUAAGGGGUGGAGGAUUCUAGCUUGCCACCCAGGGUUUGUCUUCUUCCCGCUCCGGUACGUGGCCCAUGCAAAGGGUCUUUUCGACGAUAUUUCUUUCAUGCAAUAAGUGGACAGUGCAAUGAAUUCAGCUAUGGGGGUUGCCGUGGAAACCAAAACAACUUUUUAACCAAGUUAAGCUGCGAGCAAAAAUGUCUCGGUGAGAAGAUUUAACUUAAGUUCAUAAGCUCAUUAAAAAUUCAAAAAGAAAACAAACUAAAGAAUUUUAAAAUGUUUAAACCUUAAACAUUUUAGAAUGUUUUAACCCCCCAUAAGGUUUUUCUGACUUUUUUUCCUAAAGGAUGGAACAUCAGCACCUGACGUUUUCAGUAGCUGUUCGUUCAUCCCUAGCGCAGAUUUUGAGGGCUGUUUAGUGAUGGUCAGUUGCUAUGAUUCCGAGAUAUGACCUCAUAAGUAGCAGGUGGUCAAGCCAAUUUUGGGUGAAAUUACAUGUUUUUUCAACUUCGUUCAACAAUAACAGUAAAUCUUGUGGCUAAAAUCAUGCAAAGUGAUUAUUUAUGUGUUAUUUUUCAUGUAAAGCACAAAAAAAAAAACAUUUCUCGCAGUUUUAACCUGAUUUCUAAUUCCUUUGUGCCUUAAUCCAGAUUCAAUUGAACACACCUUUUUAUAUUGUCAAGAGUCAAAGGAAUUCUUUUCCAAAACUUUAAGGUGGCUUAAUAAAUAUCACAAAGAGAACGUACAACUUUCACACAAGCAAAUUUUAUUUAACACGUUCGAUGACUUCCUUCCAAUGCAAAUGCCAAUUUCAACUCAACGCAAACUGCGUCUAUUGGUUUUACUACAAAAGAAAUACCUGUAUACUUGCAAGAACAUUGUAACGAAACCUAAUUUAGAGGAAUUUUUACGUAAGCUUUUUGAACAAUAUCGCAUUGAAAAUUGUGGCAAACAAUGUUAAGUAUAUGUAGCAACUGACAGUUUUUUUAUUUAUUUUCCAAUACUUUUUAUUUUUAUUGUAAUUUGUUUUGUUACUUACUGACAGAUUUAUUUACUUACUUAUUCUUUUACUUUCUGCUGUGUAUUAAUGUUGUUAAUUUGUUGUCAAUAAAAAAAAAAAAAAAAAUCUUGGUAAAAUCCAAGAAUGGUGGCCAAGAUGGCUACCAUUUUUGGUGACGUCACUGGCCUCCCGCAACGCCACCACCCAUAAAAUAUACCUCAUCUUGUUAAGAAGAUCAAAGGCUUUCCACUAAAGGUAAAAUCAUUUCAAAAUACUGCUGCAGCAUAUCUAAAACCCUAACCCUAACCCCUAAUCCCUAACCCAUAUACCAGAAUAAAUGGCUUUAAAACAUUUUGACCUUGAGAGCCGCAUGCAUACCUGUAUAGCCCUAAAAUCUCAGCAGAGCCAUUGAGAUUCACUUGUAUACUUUCUGACCCCAAUGCACCAAAGGGUGUCGCAGAGGGUGACGCUGGGUGACAGGUAACCAUCAUUUAAUUUUUACAGGUGGGAAUGCACCAGCUAAAUGCGACUGGCCCACUGGCUUCUGCAACUACUACAAAACUCCUUGUCCAUCGAAUACGAAAGAGUGUAAUGGGAGAUGUACUCUAAGAACAAACCGCUGCUGCUGUCGUGUUACACCCAAACCAACAGGUACGAGAUUUAUAAGCGGGUCGCGAAUUCAAACACGAGGAACAGUUGUUUUAUGAGGUUUGAAAAUUCGAGUGUAAGAAGUAUUAGACAACAUAUCAAGUAAGUUUAGUUAAUACCUUUUGAAUGUUUUUACUGGGAUGUAUUCUACGCUGUACUAAGCAUUUAAAGAAGAUCACCUAGUAUCUCAGGCUAAGUUUAAUUCCCAAACUCCGAGCAGCUGGUCAUUUGGCAAUAAGUCGUACUCUUUCUGGGCCGUAUUGUGAAAUAAAUUCUAGACUAAACGGCUUCAAAAAUCCCAAUGUUUCGCGGCGGCAGAUGUCUUACUAGCAAUAAAGCACAUUUACAUGAUACAGCUAAUCCCUGGGAAAUUAUAUUGCAAGCGCUUCUGACUGUGAGCAAGGGCUGCGUAGCAUUUCGUAUCACUUUUUUCUACAGGUGGACUUGAACCGGGCAAGUGUGAUUGGCCUACAGGAGUGUGCACCUACAUCCACGAUGAUUGCCCUCCUCGUACGAGGCUUUGUGCUGAAAAUAAUAAGGGAUGCAAACUGGCCACAAACCACUGCUGCUGCUUCAUCAAAAAAUGAACUGGUAAGGGCUUGAUAAACGUGUUCUAUAAUACGGAAAGGAACACUUUUUAAAUAAUUUUAAAAAUUUGAACACGUAGCAAGUAUGGGCUGAGAGAGGUAUUUCUUUCAGUUUUUAUAUAUUUUUUUUCUCAUAAGUACAGAGUAUAUCCAUGUAAGUUACCUCAUUCUAUUAGAAAUUUUUUUUUCUUAUAUCAAUCUCCAUUUUUUUUUUCAGUGUGAUUUGCCAAACAGAGGUUACCCUUACCAAGAAAUGCCGAAACUCCUGCACUAAAGGAUAAGAAAAAAAUAAAUAAAAUAAAUAAAAUAAAACAAAAUGAAUUAAUUAAAGAAUAUCAAGGAUUUAAUUUUACGCAUUUUUUUUUAAGUCGUGGAGUUCAAGAAAGGAGCAUUUGGUUUAAGAAUUAGCGGAAC